CUCGGGCCGCGCCGCCCCUCUCGCCCGCCCCUCCUCCUCCCUUUCCCACCCCUCGGAGUGGAGCUGCACAUGCGGCUGCUCCCUGUUCUGUCCCGCCCAGCCACCGUCGCCCAGGAACGGGUCCCUGCAGCCCCCAGCCGAUGGCAGGACAGUAGUCGCCUGUCAGGGGUCGUGAAGGACUGAGGCAGAGGCAGAGGCUCCCGGGCCUCAGAUAGUGGUUGUCUCUGGAGGCCAUGGGCUACCCCGAGGUAGAGCGCAGGGAACCCCUGCCUGCGGCAGCGCCAAGGGAGCGGGGCAGCCAGGGCUGCGGCUGUCGCGGGGCCCCUGCUCGGGCGGGCGAAGGGAACAGCUGCCGGCUCUUCCUGGGUUUCUUUGGCCUCUCGCUGGCCCUCCACCUGCUGACGCUGUGCUGCUACCUAGAGUUGCGGUCCGAAUUGCGGCGGGAACGGGGAACCGAGUCCCGCCUCGGUGGCCCGGGUGCUCCUGGCACCUCUGGCACCUUAAGCAGCCCUGGGAGCCUCGACCCUGUGGGUCCCAUCACCCGCCACCUCGGGCAGCCGUCCUUUCAACAGCAGCCCUUGGAACCGGGUGAAGAUCCACUCCCCCCUGACUCCCAGGACCGGCACCAGAUGGCCCUUCUGAAUUUCUUCUUUCCUGAUGAAAAGGCAUAUUCUGAAGAGGAAAGUAGGCGUGUUCGCCGCAAUAAGAGAAGCAAAAGUAGUGAAGGAGCAGAUGGACCUGUUAAAAACAAGAAAAAGGGAAAGAAGGCAGGGCCACCUGGGCCCAAUGGCCCCCCAGGACCUCCAGGACCUCCAGGACCCCAGGGACCUCCAGGGAUUCCAGGAAUUCCUGGGAUUCCAGGAACAACUGUUAUGGGACCACCUGGCCCUCCUGGCCCUCCUGGUCCUCAAGGACCCCCUGGCCUCCAAGGACCUUCUGGUGCUGCUGAUAAAACUGGAACUCGGGAAAACCAGCCUGCUGUGGUGCAUCUGCAGGGCCAAGGGUCAGCAAUUCAAGUCAAAAAUGAUCUUUCAGGUGGAGUGCUCAAUGACUGGUCUCGCAUCACUAUGAACCCCAAGGUGUUUAAGCUACAUCCCCGCAGCGGGGAGCUGGAGGUACUGGUGGACGGCACCUACUUCAUCUAUAGUCAGGUAGAAGUGUACUACAUCAACUUCACUGACUUUGCCAGCUACGAGGUGGUGGUGGAUGAGAAGCCCUUCCUGCAGUGCACCCGCAGCAUCGAGACAGGAAAGACCAACUACAACACUUGCUAUACUGCAGGCGUGUGCCUCCUCAAGGCCAGGCAGAAAAUUGCCGUGAAGAUGGUCCAUGCUGACAUCUCUAUCAAUAUGAGCAAGCACACCACGUUCUUUGGUGCCAUCAGGCUGGGCGAAGCCCCUGCAUCCUAGAUUCUCCCAUUCCACCCUGGCCCAUGCCCCUGCCCCAGGUUUGGGAGCCAGGACUCCCAGAACCUCUAAGUGCUGCUGUGUGUGGAAUGAGGUAUAUUGGCGUUGCAGCCACAGAGAGAAAUGCCCCGUGCUAUUUAUUCCCCAGUGACUCCAGGAUGACAAGGCCUAGAUGACUUCCCAGAAUGACCUUGAGUUGCCAGGACAGUUGAUGGAGCCGCCAAGGUUUUCAAGAAGCAGAACCUUCUUAGGCUCCCUGCUGACUGGCUUAUGGUGACUCCUCAAUCCCUAGGUCCCUCAUCAGAUGUAUCAUUUGUUGCACUAAAAUGAGGAUGCAAGACAGUAGGCCACAAAAAGCAAAAGUGCACUCCAGAUUCUAGGGGUGAUGGGGGGCUGCUUCACUCCUGGCUGGGGGUGGCAUUAAGUUGCAACUUAAGGAGAGGGUCAGGUCAGAAGAAGGCAAGUCCUUGUGGCAAAGACCUGGGCUAUAACCUGCCAAGUAUCUAUCCUUGGCAGAAGAGGCAUUCUUGCUGCAUUGCACUAUAACCUACUAGAGGAUCAAAGAAAACUUCCCACUCAGGCUGAGAGAUGUACUGUGGCAGCUUGCUGGACUCCAGAGCUGGAAACUUUGCUUUGCCUUGGAAUCAUUGCAGGAAUGGCCACAAGCCUGCCUAUGUAAGAAGCCAAAUCUAUAUUCAGGGCCAUGCAUGUUUCACUGUGUUUACAGCUAUGUUCUGCUCUCAGAAAACUACCUGGAGUCUUUCCACCUGUCACCCUCCCCAGACUGACUAGAAAUUGUAUCUUCUUUCUCCACAGUGCCUACCUCUGAUUGAGACAGGUGCUUCACGGUGUAUUCUUUAACUUACCUGAACACAAAGAAUUUUCCAUUGAUUAGGCAAUACAAUUAUUAUUCAUCUAAUUCUAAUCAAAGUGUGUCCGGGAACAGAUGGUUAAACUGGAUAACCUCCAAAAAUCCCUUAGAGUUUGAGUACAGGUGUCGCUCAACAGUUGCCUGCCACAGUAGAUGUCAGAAUUCCCAAACCCUAGACUCCCUUGGCCAUCAGCAAAGCAUGGCUUUUCUAACUUUCCCAGAGAGGGGGAAAAAGUGGGGUUAGGACAGGAAAUGUUGUCCAUGUUUGUUAAAACCCAAGAUCUUAUCUGAAAGAACAGCACGUGAUGGCCCACGAGCCCAGUCUCUCUGUGCCACUCUCCUAGAGCCAGGCUCAAGAGAAACCAUCUGUCUGGCUAUUGGGCAGGGCUAUGACACCUACUUCAGAUCCAAAGGCACCACCACCAGUUUUCCUGCAUGGUCAUAUGCUAGAUUCAUGAGCCUUCUUUCUAGUUGCCUGGCUUUAGGGUACCAGGCAUAGCCCAAAGCUGGAAGGAUCAACCUUCUCUAGCCUGUUUCUCUUGCUCCUGAAGUGUAUUUCUUUUAGAAGAGAUGGGGAAUACAUCCCUGAAAUUCAUCAAGAAUAUCAGGUACUGAUUUUUCAGCUGUCCCUCCAUUUCCAAUUUGCCACAUUCGUUGGUUCUUCAAGGGUCAGGACAAGAAGUGGUAGGCCAAGGCACCUUUAUCUAAUGCUACUGACAGCCUUACAACCAGAAAUGAGGUCAAUUUUAGACAUGCAUCUGACCCUGGAGGCCUUGAACAAUCAGCAGUGGUAGCAUGAACUAACAGACACUCUUCUUAAUGUUUGAAGGUUGCUUCCUCUUAAUUUCCUUUGAAGAAGAUGGGGCAGAGAAUUAUCACAGUUCCCAUUGUAUAGGUAAGGCUAGAAGAGAAAGUGAAUUCACUAAGCACUCACCCAUAAGUCACACAGACCUUAGGUUUUAGUGAGGUCUGACUCCCAAGCUAGUCUUUUACCACACAGAGCACUGUGUAGAGAGAAAAAUUGAAAGUGAUCACUUGGAACUGACAUCAUUGUGGAGUCCUAGGGAGAAACCUAGCAAUGCUCAGUUUUCAUUGCUAUGGUGCUGCCUAUUCUCUUGGCUGCCAUCGGCUCUGUGGAAGAAGUCUUGGGUUUCUAACCCUGAGUUGAGCUCUGGGACCCAUAGAACUGGUAGCCUUCAUGACCUUUCACCCAUCUGAUAAAAGCAGCAGCCAUCACACAAGGAGCUGCUAUGUGGGGCAAGGUCAUCUGUCUUCCAUUCCUGACCCUAGAUACUAGUUCUGGGAGCCAGUCUACUUCCUGGGGUUAAGUGUGACCCCUUCUCUCCUCCUGACAUAUUACAAAGACCUUGAUGUUGCCAGAACAUCUUCCUCAUGUUGAUGAUGUUGAGGGGUUGCCCUCUCAAGAAUGGAGGUAAAACCUAAGAGGACCAUUCUAAAGCCAGAUGGCUGUGGGGAAAUAGAGGAAGUUGCCUAACUGUGCCCCUGCAGGACAUGCCAACCCCAUCAUAUGCUCUGUGCAUGGAGAUCAUAGGAGAAGCAGACUUCUCUACUCUUUCUUCAUUCUGAACCCUCUCAAGGAGCCCCAGAUGAAGAGGGCUGGGGGAAGGAAAUAGAGAGUGGGGAGCCUGCUAUGCUAUGGUCCUUGGCAAAGUAAUGAAGCAUUUACUGAUAGGAGAAUAGGGAUAUAGAUUUACAGUUUGGAAUUGUUGUGGUAUAAAGUUAUCCCAAGGUUAGCAUAGAGAAGAGGAUGGGGACAUGUUUGUGUAAGCAGGUGAUGUGUUAGAAGAAAAAUUGCAUGGCAGGAGCCUCUACCAGCUGCUUGAGCUUCAAAAGCCAAGCUGGCACAAAAUUGUACCUGCUGGAUGUUUUUUGGCUACUGGUUCCCUGGAAGAUGUAUCAUUUGCCUUACUUGCCUCUUUAUCCAUCCUGAGCCUAAUCUCUGCAGCUUAAUAAGAAAAGGCUAAGGACCCUAGAGACAAACAAGGGCUUUGGUCCUCAUGUGAGUGCUUGCAUUUUAUGUGUCUUCUAGUGGAUGCAAACAGAUAUAGAGAAAUCUUUGACCUAGAAAGGCUUUUAGAGGGAAUGCAGCCCAACCUACAUCCCAUCCUGUUACUCAUAUGCAAUUGAUGUCCAGACAGGGAAACUGGCCCACCUAGGACAGUGUGCAGGCAGGCCCCCACCUCCAGAUUCAGCAGUAGAAGGAGGCAGAGCAGCCUGUCCCAUGGGGCCUCCUCUUUCAUACACCACAGACUCAACGCUAGAAGUGUUUAUCUCCCUUCGGGAGCCUGUCUAGGCAGGGAGUGUGGCUACAGUCUCCAUCAAAGCUUGCCUCCCCACACAUAGUCCCCCAAGAUAUUUGCACACCUCCUGCCUCUGCACGAGAAGCUCUAGGCUCUGAUCCAGACAGUUUUUAGGCCUCCCUAGUGUGGCCUGAGGUCCCACCCUUGCCUAGGCUCUCCCUGGGCCAUGCCUACUACAGAACAUGAUUUGUUUUCUUAAUUCAUUUCAGGGCUCUCUCCAGGAGAGGGUGAGGUGUGUCAUUUCUUUAUUCAGAAAGCUUCCAGCUGAUGAGGAUAAGGGGAGAAUGGCCUGAAGCAGGCCCAAUGCUGCUUUGGGGAAUCAGCAUCCUGUGUGAGAUACUGUGUAUAUAAACUAUAUAUAUAAUGUAUAUAAACAGGGUUGUAAGUUUGUGUAAAUUAAUGGUUUAUUCUUUGCAAAUAAAGUGCUCCCCUUACCAUCCUUGAAA